UCACAUGAGAAUAGGGAACAUUUAACUUUUCUGAGCAAAAAGGCAUUUACCUUCCAGGAAUGGCUCGUCAUGACAUGUGCUUGUUCCUUACAGUCGUUCUGUUACGUACGUGUUACUGCAAAAACUUAUCGUGCAGUUUUAAUGGGGUGGUGCAGGAUGUGAAAAAUGUUCCUGGUCCUGACAUUAGGCCAGUGUUGGACUGGAGAACUCCAACCACUGUCUCCAUAGACAUGGCACUGUACACUAUUGUCAACUUGGACACAGCCUUGCAAACUAUGACCACAUACAUCUGGUUCGAAAUGGCUUGGCAAAAUGAGUUUAUAUCUUGGGACCCAGCUAAUUACUGUGGAAUUGAGAAGAUCUUGAUUCCUGGCACACGUUUUUGGUUACCCGACCUCUACAUUUAUGAACUGACAGAUUCUGAAAACAGUGUUCCUGUCAUUCCAUUCUACACUGUUACAAAUAAGGGGACAAUUAUUAACGCUAAACCAAUACGGAUUGUUAGCUCCUGCAAUCUAGACAUCUUCAAGUUCCCCUUUGAUCAACAGAUAUGCAGUUUGACCUUUGGGUCAUACGUUCAUUCAGUUAAUGAGAUGAUCAUGUCAGCCAAAUCCAAUUCCAGCGUGGUCAACAUGAACUCACAGAGCAUCUUCGUCAGUAAAGGAGACUGGAAUUUGGUGAAUGUCAAUGUGGAAAAUGGAAAUUUUACAGGAGUCCAUCAAGUUUUCAGUUCAGUUAAACAUCAGAUAACCAUAAAACGAGCUCCAAUCGUUUAUAUAAUAAGUUUAAUUGUCCCAGCAUGUUUCUUGGUAAUCUUGGAUAUUUUCAGUAUGUUCAUUGAGUUGGGGGCUGGGGAGCGACUUGGCUUUAAAAUAACCGUGGUUUUGGGAUUCUCUGUGCUUCUGCUGAUCCUUAACAACAUGCUUCCCAAUUCCGACAACCCACCAGUACUAGGUAUCUUCUGCUGUGUGUGUAUGGCUGUCAUGGUCAUCAGUACAAUCGGUUCUAUUUUUACCUCAUAUAUGCUAAUGUUGUCUGAAACUCACCCAAAUGUCCCUCGCUGGAUAAAAAUAUGGAUUAUGAGACGUCUUGCACGCAUUCUUCUCUUCAAUAUGAAGGACCAAGAGAAAAAUAAGCUGGCGGCAAAUGAAGAAGGAAAAGGUUCUGACACAAGCAUGGAGAUUAUGGAUCAGGAUUCACAAGGAGAAACUAUUGUCCCAAUGGAAGUGAAGCUGUUGAAAAGGCUUCUGGAAGAAGUUCUGAAGAUCCACAAAGAAUUGAUCCUCUCCAAGGAGCAGGACAAUGUAAAAUCAGACUGGCAUUUUGCAGCAGUUGUGGUGGACCGGCUUGUCUUAAUCAUCUAUUUAAUCAUUGUUAUAAUAAUGUUUGCAGUGGUCAUAAAAGUAUGGUCUACAUGACAAACUUGUGCAACAAAACAAUAUUUUUUUUAAGCUAAUAAUGUGGAUAAAUGUUGUCUUAUGAUAGUAAAUAAUUAAUUUAAAGCAAAGGUACAAUAAAAUGGUCCUAAAUCCAUU